GAUAAAUAAAUAAAUAAAUAAAACAAACACAAAAUAAAGAAAAAUUCGGUGGGGAUUUUGGCAUAUGCUAAUUUGCCAAGUUGUGGUCUUGGUUUUGCCUCUUCCGAUCUCACCUUCCUCUCCUUUCUUUCUCUCUCAAUUAUCAGCCAAUUUUCUAGAAUUUAGAUAGCAAUUUUCUUUCAAAGUUUUGAUUUUUCAUUUUCAGUUUUAUUAAUUACAAGAUAUAUUUGCAUUUGAUCCGUUAAUCUCUUGCAUUUAUAUCAUUUUUGAUGUAAUUAAAGCUAUAUUUGAGUUGGGUUUGUCAUAAUUUCAGGUGGGUAGAGGAGAAUUGUAUGAUUUUGGGUGAAAAAGUUGAAAUCUUUUUGUGGGUUUGAAAGAAAAAUUUGUGGGUGUUGUUGAAAAGAUUAAGAUAAUUGGUUUAUGGGAAUUGGGUUAUUGAAGAAAAAUUCAAACUUGGAGAAAGGAAAGAAAUGCUGUAUUUGAAGCAACCAAUGGUUCAACAAUGGUGUGAAGGUUUUGUAAAUUUGAAGUGGGAAAUUUGAAUGCGAGUUUGAGCAAUUCCCGAGCCCGGAGGCUCGGGGAUCUACAUAAGAGAGAGAAUAGAGAAUUAAGAUAAAAAUGGGUUCUCAAGAGAGAGAAACUCAACCUUUUCAACCUACUCUCUCCCCUCCUCAGCCAUGUAUGCACGAGUUUGAGCUCUAUGAGACUCGAUCGAAAUUCUACAUCAUAGGAAGGGACAAGAGUAGAACAAAUUGGCGAGUUUUAAGCAUUGAUAGGUCAGAACCAUAUGAAUUGAUUAUUCACGAAGAUUCUACUACAUAUACUGAAAGUGAAUGUACUGAACUUCAGAAACGGAUACAUGAAGGAAAUAAGUCCAUAGGUGGGCUUAAAUUUGUCACAACUUGUUAUGGAAUUGUUGGGUUUGUUAAAUUUUUGGGGCCUUACUAUAUGCUACUAAUCACUGAAAGGAGGCAAAUCGGUUCAAUUUGUGGCCAUGCAGUAUAUGCCAUCUCGAAGAGCGAGAUAAUUUCGCUUCCAUAUUCUGCAGAGCAAGCCCAUAUGACGGACUCAAGGAAUGAAUGCAGAUAUAAGAAGCUUCUAUGCAUGGUCGAUCUUACAAAGGACUUCUUCUUCAGCUAUUCUUACCAUGUUAUGCGCGCCCUACAGAAGAAUUUGUGUGAUAGACAAGCAGGGCAUGUCCUCUAUGAAACUAUGUUUGUUUGGAAUGAAUUUUUGACACGUGGAAUCCGGAAUAAUCUUCAAAACUCCUUAUGGACCGUAGCAUUGGUUUAUGGCUCCUUUAAGCAAACGACAUUCUCUAUAGCUGGACACAACUUCAACCUAGCUCUUAUAGCAAGGCGUUCACGUCAUUAUGCUGGUACCAGGUACCUCAAAAGAGGAGUUAAUGAGAAAGGGCGAGUGGCGAAUGAUGUUGAAACUGAGCAGAUUGUGUUUGAGGAUGUUGCUGAAGGAUUACCUGUGCGAAUUAGCUCUGUCGUGCAGAAUCGUGGGUCUAUUCCCCUCUUUUGGUCACAGGAGACUUCUCGGUUAAAUAUUAAGCCGGAUAUUAUAUUGUCAAAGAAAGACCAAAAUUAUGAAGCUACAAGGCUUCAUUUUGAAAAUCUUGCGAAGAGAUAUGGCAACCCGAUAAUCAUUUUGAAUUUGAUCAAGACUGUUGAAAAGAGACCGCGAGAGUCAAUUCUUCGUGCGGAGUUUGCAAAUGCCAUUGAAUUUAUCAAUAAAGAUUUGCCUGAAGAGAAACGUUUGAAGUUCCUGCACUGGGAUCUGAAUAAACACACCCGAAGCAAAGCCACAAAUGUGUUGCUCCUCCUAGGGAAAGUAGCUGCAUAUGCAUUAACACUAACAGGUUUCUUUUACUGUCAACUAAUCCCGGCCUUAGGGUCUGGUGAUUCUUCAGAAUGUCCGUCUUCUGGGAACAUGGAUACAGGGGACUUAGCUGAACAGAAUGAUCCUCAAUGUGGCCUUGAAGAUGCUGAUAAUGUGGAGAGAGAUGAUGCUGGUGAUAAUAAUGCUAAUGGAGAUUUUGCUGACACGAAGCCAAUGUUCCAAAAUGGGGUCCUCAGGACCAAUUGCAUAGAUUGCCUAGAUCGAACAAAUGUUGCACAGUUUGCAUAUGGAUUAGCCGCCCUCGGACACCAGCUUCAUGCUCUAGAUAUGAUAGAUAUCCCAAAAAUAGACCUUGAUUCGCAGCUGGCUGAUAAUUUAAUGGGGUUUUAUGAGAAAAUGGGAGACACUCUUGCACACCAGUAUGGAGGAUCUGCUGCUCACAACAAGAUAUUUUCUCAAAGAAGGGGUCAGUGGAGAGCAGCAACCCAUUCCCAAGAAUUAAUACGAACUAUGCAACGAUAUUACAGCAAUGCAUACAUGGAUGCAGAAAAGCAAAAUGCUAUCAAUGUAUUCCUGGGACAUUUCCAAGCACAGCAUGGCAAGCCAGCAUUGUGGGAGCUGAAUUCCGUCCACCACUGGAGUGCAGGGAGAAAUGGGCAAACAAAUAUCGAUGAAAAUGGAAGGUCCUUAUUCAAAAGGUGCUGGUCAGAUGGAAGUAUUCUUCGUGCAAGUGUCUCGCCUAUGUCAUCCACAAAUGUACAACAGACGAACUUUUCGAAUUUGGUUUUCCAAGAUUCAUCUGACGGUUCUAAUAGGCUUCUGGUCGAAUCGUCUCCUGAUAUAUCAACUUCAGAAAGUGAUACGUCAUAUUACAGGUGUUCCAAUUCAAUUCCUCGCAAGCAGCUUUUCGGAGAUGUUCAGAGAGAACAUUAUGUUGAAAAUGAUCAUGUCAACAUUCAUGAACGUGUAGAUUCAUUAGACUGCUCAAAUUUUGUGGACUUAGAUUGGCUUUCUUCUUCUGGACAUUCAUGCGAGGAAGAGUCUUAUGAAAGGUCAAUGUCUACAAGCUCUCCAUUUGCUGGGCUAUCGUCCGAUAAUGUCAUGAAUGGAAUGAUGGGAGAAACAACUUCAUCUAGCAGUCAAUAUGGAUCUGGGAUGAAGUUAAGGGAGCAUACAGAAGGAGAAUUAUCAUAUGGUAAGGCUAACGGUUCUGUUCUAGAAGACUAUUCGGAAAGCUUCGUAAAUUGGGUUACAUCUGGAGAGGCACUUUGCCAUUGUAAAAUUUGAAAUUGUGCACCGUGCUUUUCUUCGAUCAUCCUCCCCGUGUGAAAUUUUGAAAAUGAGCACUGAGCUUUUCCUCUAUCCUCCUCUUGACUGAAGUUCAUGCCAAUAGUUAGUUGAGUGCUGAAGCUGAGUUCUUCAUCCGUUUGGCAAUCCGAAGCUGAUGGUAAAUAGCCAAUAGUUACAGAUUCUUUUAGGAGCUUAUUUUUCUGUUUUCUUUUUUGUUUUCUUUUCCUCUCCUCCUUGAUGAACUGUUUCUGCAAAGUUCCUUGUAAAUAUGUAUCGUUUGCUCUUGGGAGCUCCUCUUGCAAAUGUAGGCAGUUGAUUCUUUCAAUCUGUUUUAACGAUGGGUCGAAUUUAAUUUCAUACCGAAAAUGAUAAAGGAAAGAGGACAUUAAGGAAUAGUUUAUCGCA